AACUGAUGGAGGAUGGAAAUCAGAAACAAAAUCUCUCCUUCUAAAUAGCAUAAUUAGAAGAGGAAUACAAUAAUUAUAUAGAGUAUAUUGUUAUUUAAUUUUAGCUCCUCUGAAGUUGUUAUGGAAUACUAUAAAAAUCAAUAAACAAGUGGAUUGGAUAAACAUUUCCUAAAAAUUGAAGAAUGGUUAGAUUAGGAUGUUGUAAUAUAUAUAUUCAUUAUCUAAAUAGAAAGGCAAAUAAAAUCUUCCAUUGGUAAUUGAAGCAGAAGAUGGUGUAGGUAAAAAAACUUUACUUGUUAAGUGGAUUGGAUAUCAUAAUGCUAACAAAAAAGGAAGAUAUUAAGAUAUUAUUAUUCCUCAUUUUGCUAUGGUUGGAGGAAAUAAUAGUAAUUAUUUCUAUGCCAUAUAUCGAAUAUUGGUUAAACUGAGAGAAUUGUUAAAUAUAGGUUAGAAAGUAGAAUUGCUAGAAGAGAAACUUCGAAAAUACUUUGCUUAUUGGUUAGAUGUUUGUAAUUCUUAUAUUGAAAAUCAAAUUUUGAAAGAAGCUAAAACUCUUUAUAAUAGAAUCAUCCUAAUUUUUGAAGGUGUUAAUCACUUUUUUGAUUAAGGCAAUGGAGUUCCCAAAGAAGCUAAUGUUUCAUUUUGGUUACCUCAAUUCUUUCCUCCAAGAAUUAAAGUAAUUUUAACUGCCUCUAAAAAUUCUGGUGCCAUAUAAUAUCUUCAAAAAAUCAAUUCAUAAAUUAUAUCUAUCAAAGUUGAACCAAAAAUUAUUGAAAAAAUGAUAGAAACACAUAAAAAAAGAAAAACAUUCCUUGUAAAUUAUUCUUAAUUAAUUUUAUAGUCUGAUUCAUUUAAGGAUAAAUUAUUAAAUAUCCUAACAUAAACUAAAUGUGAAAUGAGUUCAAUAUUUUGUAAAACAUUUCUCUCUCUUCUCAUUCCUUAUCCUAGUAUUGGAAUCAUUGGAGAAAAUGAUGUAAGGCCAGAGGUUAUAGAAUCUUUAGUUUCGUAAAUUGAUAUCUCAAAACUAUAAGAAGUUGCAAGUUUAGAAGACUUAGUCAAUUUUAUCUUGGAUCAUUAUUAGGCAAAGAUGUUUAAAGAUUAAGAUAAAUUUAUCAAAAUGUUACUAUGUUUUACAAUAACAUAAAAAGGAUUGAUGAUUUAGGAAGCACUGACUAUUUGCCAAUUAAAUGAAAAUGAUUGGAAGAUAUUUCUAGUUUUCUUCAAAGUUUAUUUAAUGCAUUAUAAAGAAUAUUGGAUUAUCAAUAAUGAUAUUUUUAAGAGCAUUAUUUAAAAAAGAUACAUAAAAGAAAAUUCUUUAGUUCCUAAAUUACAUGAAGAAAUAGCUGAUCAUUUAAAUAAAUCCACAAAUUCUAUAAGAAAAUUAGAAGAGCAAACAUAUCAUUUAUUUAUGGCAAAAACUUAUUUUAAAUUAAAGGAAAUAGUAUCAGCUAUUGAGAAUUUUCUAUUACUAUUUAAUCCAAAUAAUAAAUAUGAUCUAUGCCGUUAUUGGUAAAAAUUAGAGGAAUAAGGAUUCGAUCCAGUUAUAGAAUAUAAUAAAGCUAUAGAAGGAUUUGCUAUGCAAUAUCAUCCUAGUAGUGAAGAUAUCUUUAGAAUUAUUGUAUAAGUAUCAAGGUUUUUAAAAGAAUUUUGUGAUUUUGAAACUUAUCAUACUCCUAGUUUUAGACAUCCACCUAUUUAAGGUAUUGAAGAUGAAUUAGAUGAUAUUGGUUUAUUAAAUGAACUUUAUAGAAUGAAUUUAUGUUAUAUAAUUGAUGCUAAUCCUAAAAAAAUAGGUAGCAAUGAUGAAAGUUAUAAAUCUCCAGAGGAAAGAAUUAAUGAAAAAAUUGAAAAACUUAAAUCUAAAUAAGUUUUAUAAAAAGAUUAAAAAUAAACAAAAAAAACUGGAAAGGAAGAAGAAAAUAAAAAAACAAGUUUAUUGGAAAAGAAAAAAAAACCAGAAAUACUUACUAAAUUAGAAAAAUUAAAUGUUGAUAUUCCAUAUAAUAGAGAAUAAGUGAAAAAGUUUUUUGAAGAAAAAAUUGGAAUCAGCAAUGUACAAGAAGAAAAAUUAAGAGAAAAAGAAACAGAGGAAAACAAAAUAUAUUAAAAAUUAGAUAAUGGUUAAAUUUCAAUGAGAGAUUUAGAUUUAAAUUAAAGUAAGGAUGAAGAUGUUUAAUUGAAAAAGCCUGGUCAAUUGAAAUUAACACAUAAUUAAAUUUAAAUAAAAAAAUUAGAAGAAUAAUCUUUAGUAAGUGAACGAAAACCUACUGAUUAUUAUUAUAAAAGAUGGAUUUGGAUUCAAUUUCCUUGGGUUUGUUUAUCUGUUCAUAGUGAUUAUUCAGCAAAAAUGAAAUAAUGUUUUGCCAAAGCAACAGAGUAUAUGAGUGUUUAAGAAGAAAAAGCAUUUACAAAAUAAGCUUUAAAAAUAGCUAUUGAAGCAAAACUGAAGAAGAAAAUGAUGUAUCAAAAAUAGGAAGAUGUCAAUACAACAGUUUUAAACGAUAAAGAAUUAUCUGUUAUUCCAGUUAAAUAAGAAUAGAAUACUUCUAUAUUAUCAUUGAUAAGAUAGUAAAAUGAAUUGCCAGGUGUAAAAGGGUUUAGAAGAGAAAAAUCUUUAGCAGAAAAUACUUUUAAUAAUUAAAAUUUCAAACCUUCUUAUAGAGAAGUCAAAUCUACAAAAUAACAUACAACAAGCUUGUAAUUUUUCAUAACAGAAGAUUAGAUGAGUUUAUCUUAAAUUCAUAAAGAAAUAGAAGAAUAGAAGAAAUAAUAGUAAAUCUAAGUUGAUAAAAAAUAAUAAACUCUGCCUGCAAUAUCUAGGACGUAAGAAACUUCUUUAAAUACAACAAUGAGAAUUAUUGACAAAUCUAAAAUGCAAAAAGAAAAAUACAAAUAGUUUAAUCCUGAAACUAUUAACAAGUCGUCUUAAUCAAUUUUACCUAGAUUAAAGAGUGAAAUUGCUUUGCAUAAUGGUAAGGAACUUUACAUUAUGUUAUAAUAAGCAAAAGAUUUGAAGCGAGAACUUGAUAAUAUUAUUUAUUAAAAGUAAUUUUAUUAGAUAAUAUUUUAGUUAAGCAGCUACAAAGAAAUUAGCAAAUUUAAGAACACUUUAACAUAAUGAAGGUUUUGGUACAGAUGUGGAUACGGUUUCAUAAAUUUAAGAAAAAGUAAGUUUUUUGGUAAUAUAUUUUUUUAAAGAUUGAAAACCUAAAACAAUUGAGAGAAGAGGCUGAACAUGAUUAUUUAUUAAGUAUGGUGCAAGAUAGUAGACUGAGAAUUAUCAUUAAAAUUAGUGGAGACAAUAGAUCAUAUAAUGAAGAAUGGAUUAGAGACUUAAAUUAUUUAUAAUGCAAUUUAAACAAACUUAUAAAAUACGAAAAAUAAGAUAUCAGUAAAAUGGAAACUGAAAUUAGAUAAAUUCAUACAAUACAUAUAUAAUAUGUAGAUGCUUUCAAUAAUAACAUGAACUAUUCAAAAUAAAUUAUUGAUUAGAUUAAUAAAACUGUUAUAUAAAAAGAAAACUUUGAUCAUUUCUUUUAACAAUCAGAUUCAAUCAUAUAAUAAUAAUCGACUGAAAAGAUGCAAAAACUCUAAUAACAAUAUGCUUAGAAUGAAGAUAAAGAGUAAUAAAGAUUGAAGAGAAUUCAACUUGAAAAAAAUAGCAAAGCAAUCUCUGAUAAGCUUGAAAUUUUAAGGUAAACUAUGGCACAUGUUAGUCAAUAUAUAGAAGUAAUCAAAUGUUUAUAAUAUUAUUUAUAGGUUGAAAACCCUGAUUAUGCUAAAGAAUAGAGUUUUGUAGUAUUUUUAAAUUAAUUAGAAAUUAAAACAUCUUUAGAAGCUAAAAUUUCAUUCUAAGAAGAUUUGUUGAGUGAUUUGCAUCUUUAAUUACAUAAAAAAAAGAUUUAUUUAGAUGUAUAAUAAACAUUUAUUCUGAAAGACUUUUAAAAAUGCUAAUUAAAAUGAACACAAGAAAUCCCGUGAAAAGACAAUUAAAUAUAUUUAAGGAAAAAUUUAAGACAAUGAAACUAUAUAAAUGUUAAUUGAAAAAAGAGAUUAAUAAUUAAAAUAGAAUUAAGAUAAAGAAAAACAAAAAAAUAAAUUAUCACUGUCUUAAUUAGAUUAUAAUGUAUUUUAGAUAUAAUAAAUUUUAGAUUAGCAUUAAAAAUAUUAGAUCAAAGUUAUAAUCAUGUAAAUUUAAAAGCACAUCUGAAUAAGGAACUGCAUCAAAAAUAUCUUUGAUUAAUGAUGUAUUUAUUGAAUUGAUAUUUUUAAGAUAUAUGAAGAUUUAACUAAAAGGUAAAAUUUCAUCAAAGAGAAACUUGGGGAAGAGAUGUUUUAAUAAUUCUUAAAUAAAAAAUUAGAUUUUAAUAAAAUGUACAAGGCGGCAUUUAAAUACCAUUAAGAUCCAACUUUAACAUAAAUGGAACCCUAUUGA